AUGGAUCUCGAGGCAAGAAGUUUGCAGCCGAGUGCUAAAGCGCUGUGUCUUUCUAAACUAAGAGAGUAUAAAUCUGAUCUGAACCAAUUGAAGAAAGAUUUCAAACGAGUGUCUUCUCCAUAUGCUAACCAAUCUACAUGUGAAGAACUGAUGGAACCCGGAAUGGCGGAUGUGCAUGCGAUGCCAGAGAGUUUACAUUAUUGUUGUCCUUCCAGGAAUCAGCUGAUCAGGUGGGAGAUUUGCUCAGUUGUUGAAAUUCUGAGCCAGCAACGCCAAACCCUCCUUUACGCUCACACUAAGGGUUUGAAUGAUGCCAUUGAUAAGAGCAAGAAAGUGUUGACCGCUAUGUCAAGAAGAAUAAGGAGGAACAAAUGGAUCGUUGGUCUGUGA